AUGACCUCGGCAGGGCAUUGUUCAGACGAACUGGUUGGCCCCCUCUACGCUUGGAACCUUGGUGCCUCCUCUCGAUCCAGCAUCUUCCGCGCUGCCACUUUUGCCCGGCUGUACGGGGUUGGCGGCUGGUCACCUGACCCCAACGACAAGCAUCCUUGGCUCCAGAUUGACCUGACCAGGAAGUGCCGCAUCAAUGCCAUCGCCACGCAGGGGACCUUCAACUCCUACAACUGGGUGACACGCUACAUCGUCCUCUACGGUGACCAUCCCAAUAACUGGAAGCCUUAUUUCCAGCAGGGGAGCAACUGGACGUUCUUUGGCAAUGUGAACGAGAGUGGCGUGGUCCGCCAUAACCUGCAUCACCCCAUCUUGGCUCGCUAUGUCCGCAUCAUCCCCGUGGCUUGGAAUCCUCAUGGUGCCAUCGGCCUGCGGGUGGGCUUUUACGGCUGCUACUACCAAUCUGAUGUCUUGUACUUUGAUGGCGAUGAUGCGAUUGCCUACCGGUUCCGCACCAAAACUGUCCGCACCACCCAAGACAUCCUGGGGUUCAACUUCAAAACGAUGGAGCGUGACGGGCUCUUGAUGUACGCGGAGGGGGCCCAGGGGGACUACAUCAGUGUGGAGCUGCGGCAGGCCCGGCUGGUGCUCAACAUGAGCCUUGGCAACAGCCUACUCAACACCAGUGGAGGGGAGACGACGAUGACGCUGGGAAGCCUCCUGGAUGACCAGCACUGGCACCAGUUCCGCCUGGACCGCUACCGGCAAUACGUCAACUUCAGCCUAGACGGGGAAGUGCUGCGGUUCCGUCUCAAUGGGGCGUUUGAGCAGCUUGACCUGGACACUGAGAUCUUCUUUGGAGGGGUGAUCAGCCACAAGAAGCAGCGUCUUGCCUACCGGCCCAACUUCCGCGGCUGCAUGGAAAACAUCGCCUACAACUUGAUCUUCAUUAGCAACUUGGCACUACGCCGCUGGCCCAACAUCCAGUUCGAGGGCCAUGUGGGCAAUUACUGUCAUGACAACCUCUUAUUCCCCUUCACCUUUGCUGGGGUCAACAACUACCUGGAGGUGCCAGGCUACCCCCGGAGUAACUCCUUGUCCAUCAGUUUCGAUUUCCGCACGUGGGACUUCGUGGGACUGUUGCUGUACACGCCCUUUGCAGACGGCCUAGGCUGGCUUGAGAUGGUGCUGAGUGACGGUCAAGUGAAUGUCACCAUUGGUCAGCCCAAGUCCGAGACGAAAGCCAAGAAGCUGGAGUUUGCAGCAGGCUAUCGUCUCAAUGAUGGCUUCUGGCAUUCAGUGUUCCUGAAGGUGCAUGAAACCUCAGCGGUCAUAACCAUUGAUGACCAGAAUGAUGCCAGCGUCCGUGUUGACCGAAACAUUCAGUUGCGCACAGGGAACCACUACUUCUUUGGAGGCUGCCCCAAGCCAGCUCUGCGGACCGGCUGCCUCUCCAACCAGACCGCCUUCCACGGGUGCAUGCAGACGCUCAGUGUGGACGGGAAGGCCAUCGAAUUAGAUAUGGUUCGCCAGCAUCGCCUGGGCAAGUACUUUGAGGUGUACUUCAACGUGUGCGGCAUCACAGAUAGGUGUACUCCUAAUAUGUGUGAACAUGGCAGUCGCUGUAUCCAGUCCUGGGAUGACUUCCAUUGCAUCUGUGACUUGACAGGCUACAAGGGGGAGACCUGCCACAAACCGGUUUACAAGGAGACGUGCGAUGCCUAUCGACUCAGCGGCAAAGCGUCUGGCAACUACACCAUUGACCCAGAUGGCAGCGGACCCCUGAAGCCUUUCGUUGUCUACUGUGAUAUUCAAGAGGACCGGGCGUGGACCACUGUGUGGCACAAUCGGUACUGGGCUACCCGAGUGACCGGCUACAGCCCAGAGAGGCCCUUCCUGGGCUCGGUAGACUACUGGAAUGCCUCCUGGGGUGAGGUGUCGGCCCUGGCCAAUGCCUCGGAGUACUGUGAGCAACGCAUAGAGUUCAAUUGUUACCUCUCCCGCCUGCUCAACACCCAGACCGGGAUGCCCCUGAGCUUCUGGAUGGGCCGGAAUCUCGAGCGCCAUUACUACUGGGGGGGCUCCCCGCCAGGGCUGGGGCGCUGCGCUUGUGGCAUGGAGAAGAACUGUGCAGACCCCCGUUUCUACUGCAACUGCGAUGCUGACCAUGCCAUGUGGCGGACAGAUAAGGGGCUACUGAAUUUUGUAGACCACCUUCCAGUUACUCAGGUUGUCGUGACCGACACAAACCGCACGGGAUCAACGGCCCAGUUCACGCUGGGCCCAUUACGGUGCUAUGGAGACCGCAACUCCUGGAACACCGUCUCCUUCACCAACGGAACGGCCUUGCUCUUCCCCACCUUCCAGGUCAACUACAGCCUUGAUAUCAGCUUCUUCUUCAAGACGUCUGCCCCAUCAGGCACUUUUCUGGAGAAUGUGGGCCGAAGGAACUACAUCCGUGUGGAACUCAACACCUCCCGGGAUCUGGUCUUUGCCUACGACAUCGGGAACGGUGACGAGAAUUUGACAGUGCACUCGGAGAUGCCUUUCAACGAUAAUGAGUGGCAUCAGGUCAAGGCAGAAAUCAACGUCAAGUUAGCCCGGCUGCGAGUUGACCGGAUGCCCUGGGUGGUGAGAGCGGCCCCCGCUCAGAGUUUUGUCCACAUGAACCUCACCAGACUGCUCUACGUGGGCUCCGGCAUCUACAGUCUGCGCCCCUUCCUGGGCUGCCUGCGGGGCCUGCGCAUGAAUGGGGUGACCCUCAAUUUGGAGGGGAAGGCCAAUGAGACCCUCGGGGUCCUGGUGAACUGCACUGGACACUGCCGCCGCCCCUUGGUGCCCUGCCAGAACUACGGCACCUGUGUGGAGCACUACAACCACUACACCUGCAACUGCAGUGUCUCUGCUUACGAAGGGUCUUUUUGCCACCAAGAUAUCGGUGCCUACUUUGAGCAAGGAAACUGGGUGCGCUACGACAUCAUGACAAUGCCCAUGCACGUGGUGCAGGAGUUUUCCAACAUCGUCCGCCAACCCCUUCAGCCGUUGCCGGGCUACAACCUGACCGAGGAGAUAGUGGGUCUCAGCUUCCGCACCUCCUCAGCCCCGGCUGUCCUGCUUUACGUCAGCACCUUUGUGAACGACUACCUGGCCAUUUUGCUCCGGGAGGAUGGUAUCCUGCAACUGCGAUACCAGCUGGGCACCCUCCCGUACGUCUAUUCCCUGAGCACCCGCUCAGUAGCUGACGGGCAACCACACCGCAUCAACAUCACACGUGUGAACCGGACGUUGUACACACAACUGGAUUAUUUCCCUGUUAUGGUGCAGCACUUCUCUGCCUUUGUGGACAGCAAACUAGACUCCCCCAAGACGCUCUUUCUGGGCCGUUUCAUGGAGACAGGCGCGAUUGACCCUGAGAUCCAGAGGUACAACACACCAGGUUUCACCGGUUGCCUCUCAGGGGUGAAAUUCAACAGCCUCGUGCCUCUCAAGGCCAUCUUCCGACCCAACAGCAACCCUGGCAACCGCUAUGUCAUCAAGGGGCGGCUGGUGGAGUCCAACUGUGCCUCCAUGCCUUCGGCUUAUGCAGAAAUACCUCCAGAACUGGACCCUUGGUACAUCAACCCAGUGGACUUCCUGUACAUCCAUGACGAUGGCUGGGUGGGGAUUGUCGUUGGAGUUGUCAUUUUCCUCCUCCUGCUGCUCGCCGCCAUCCUCCUCUUGAUGUACCUGCACCACCACCGCUACAAGGGCUCCUACCACACCAACGAGCCCAAGGCCAUCCAAGACUACAACAGCGGAGGGAGCAGCGUGAGCAGUGGCAGCGGAGGAGGGACGCCCGCCCCCGCCGCCAAGCCAGUCGCCCCCCGGAAGGAUCAAAACCUUCCACAGAUCCUGGAAGAGGCCAAGGCCGACUAGGGGAACAGAGCCGGCCCUGGAGGAGCGGUGCAGUCGUCCACACUCCCGUCUCCCUGGCAAGGCCAGCCUCGAACUGCCAAAUGGAACUGCUUGCUGGGAAGCCGGCCUUUCUCCUUUGACCUCCCCCACCCCCCACACGAUGGCUUGUCUGUUUGCUUUGCCCGGUCUCACCUGCACACCCCGAGAAAGGGGGGGGUCUCUGCUUCCAGUCCAGCCCAGGGUCUCCUGGCAACGGUCAGAUCAAUAGCCCUCUGCUGCCUUCUGCGGAUUGCCAGGUUCCCACCCAUGUCUCUUUCCUCGCGGGGGCGGAGGGAGAGGACCAAGUGGUGCCGAAGCAGUUGCCAAAAAUGAUGCCCGAUUCUCACGGAGGUUAUCAGUCCUCUGCCCCUCGGGGGACAGUUGGAGGUCUUCCAUCGUCAACCCGGGCAAGGUGCUGGUUGGGGAGGGGGGAGGCAACACACCAUUCCAAGCACCCCGCCUCCCGCCUGACCUCGGACCUCCUGUCCAGCCAGACCUUAGAGCACCUUCCGAUUUGGAGAGAGAUGUGACUGGUCAAUAUUGCACUUUUUUUUUUUUUUAAUUUUUGAGAAACAAAGAAAAUGCAACGCAAAGUCCUCGCUGGCCUUUUCACGUGACUCUCCGAGCACACACGGAGUCUUCCUGCUUAAUUGCUUAGCGCCAAAAAAACCAAGCCAUUAGUCUAGCAAUGCAAUAUGUAGAGUAUUUAGAGUCCGGCACGUUAUAUUGUGCCCUGAGAGAGAGAGAGAUCAAUGUGCAAUAUAGUCCCUGCCUGCCAAUAGAGACGUGCAGCUGCAGCGCAUGGAAGAAACCGCUUGCACUUCGCUUCCACUUGCUGCUUUCAUAAACCAGGGUGGUUGAGAAACUGACUUUAUUUUUACUUGGUUCCUUCUCCCCUUUUUUUUUUUUUUGUGUUGUGGGUUCGUGCAUUAGACACACUAGGGUUUUUUAAUUCUGUCACUUUGUAUAAAAACACAAAAGCAGAAGAAAUGUUAAAUGUCUCAUGUUCUGUUUUAAAGUGAGGUGCUGUCUGUAAGUUUUGUUGUACGGGGAGAGGAAGGUUUGCGCUUUUCCUCUCCCCCUUUGAAAGUUCAGAGUCAAUACCCAGG